AAGGGGCGGCGCGGAGGCACCGCCGCUGUUCCCGCCCGGCCCGUCCCCGGGGCACCGGGGGUCAUCCCCAUGGCGGCGGCGGCACUGCUGCUGCGAGAGGCGGGCCGGGCCCUGCUGGGCCGUGGCGCUCCUCUGCCCCGCGCCGAGCGGGGCAUCAGCGACUGCGGCGGGGCGCUCUGGGCUCCCGCGCGGCCCGGCCUCCCCGUGCCGCUCUCCUCGCCCCUGGCUGGGCUCUCCCGGCCCAUCCGCAUCAAGGAGCCGCCGAAGCGCAAGCCGGUAGAUCGGUGGACGAAGAAGCGGGCCUUGUUCGGGGUGUACGAUAACGUAGGGAUCCUGGGCGGCUUCCAGAUCCACCCGAAGAAUCUCAUCAUGGGGCCUACCUGGCUUCGAGGCUGGCGGGGGAACGAGCUGCAGAGGUGCAUCCGCAAGAAGCAGAUGGUGGGAGAUCGGAUGUUCGUAGAGGACUAUCACAAACUCAACAAGAGGAUCCGGUACUUGUACAAGCGUUUCAAUCGCACUGGAAAGCACCGCUAGGGAACAGCAGUGGCUUCGGCGUGUGGAGUAUAGUUUUGUGGCAUUGCAGUCAGAAUAAAGCCAGCUUUCACACA